UCAAAUUAUUAUAGUCAAAUCAAUCGAAAACUAUAAAAAACGCAUGGAGGUCAUGGAAAACGCGAAUAAAGUAGUAUAUAAUACAUAAAGUCUGAUAACGUGAUUUGGAAUAACUUGUGUAUGAAGAAUUUAUCGUGUUCGGAAAUACAAGUUAGUCGAUAUUGACUGCCUUGUGUUCCUGCAUCUCGGGGAUAACACAUUUUAUCAAGCAUGACCGAUUCUCAAGAAACUAUAUGCUAUGAAAAAGCUUUAGAGUACUGGUCCGAAAUCCCGGCUACGGUUGAUGGUGUACUCGGAGGUUUUGGCUUCAUUUCGGAUGUAGAUAUUCAAGGAUCCAGAUUGUUUCUACAGUCUAUUCUCUCGUCCGAAAAUCCACCAUCUACUAAUUUAGCUCUUGACUGUGGAGCCGGCAUUGGAAGAAUAUCUAAGAAUUUACUAAUACCUCAUUUCAGCUCAGUGGAUGUUAUUGAACCAGAUGAAAAAUUUAUAAACACCAUUAGGGAAUAUGUUGGAAAUAAUGCAGAAAAAUUAGGAAAUUUGUAUAAAGUGAGUUUACAAGAAUUUAGACCAGAGAAAAAAUAUGAUCUAAUUUGGAACCAGUGGGUUUUAGGAUAUUUAAAAGAUGAUGAUUUGCUGUCAUAUUUAACAUAUUGCAGGGAUGCCCUGUCAGAAAAUGGAGUUAUUAUUGUUAAAGAAAAUGUGACAUCUUCUGGGAAAACAGAAAAAGAUGAUGCAGAUUCAUCAGUUACAAGACCAUUGAAAGAAUACAUAAAAAUCUUUGGCAAAGCUAAAUUGAAAAGGAUAAAACAGUGUAAACAAACAAAUUUUCCAAAUGGUAUAUAUCCGGUGUACAUGUUUGCUCUUAUACCUAACUUAAUAUCAGAGGGUGAUAAUAAUGAUGUUAAUUUAUGAUACAUCUAGUCAUAUUUGCAUAUAAUGUGUGAUGUUUACAAAUGUAAUGGAUUUUGAUCAAUAUAAUUGAAAACAA